AUGUCUGCACCUACAGCCGAACUCCGGCAACAUCCUAUGCACGUGGCUUCUUCGCCCAGUUUGGCUCUAGCACAUGAGCAGAGUAUAAACAGUCGAUUGGCCUUGCGUCGAAGAAACAGCUCCUCAGGUCUCACAGAGCGGAAACUGGCAGAAGUGCUCUUGGAGUCUCUUACCAAUAGACUGAACGAUGAGUAUCGGAGAAUACAAUUUCCUACAAAGGAGAAGAGCAUGUUGUAUGAGCAGAGAGUAUCGUUUGACACCAUAAAUAUUGAGUACAAUGAAGACGAGUCUAGUUACGAUUUUUCUGACGACGAGAUGUACCUCCUGGAUCCCGGUAGUCGUGUAAGGAGACUCUCUGUUGAAAGCAACCUCCGAGGACGUGAGCGUGAUAGAGACUUUUUCGCAGGAAGAUCUCCCAGCUCGUCUCCCACUAGAAUGAUGUCGCCAUUGAGAGGCGUAGAUAUGGCCUUUUUGUUCAACAAAAACCAAAUUCCAUAUCCGACAAGACCUAUUAUCACACGCAAGGGGUGCACACUCACGAGAAUGCAUAAGGACUUUGAGAACUUGUAUUUAGGCAACCUUUUAAAGAAAGGCUUAUGUCCUGUGUUACCAGGAAGAGUAAUUUUGGUAUACGUCAGUGGCAGAAUUCAUACAUGGGUCUCUAUUGAUUGGAUUCUCCGAACAUUUGUUCAACACGGAGAUACAGUCGUGAUAUGCUCAUCUCUUCCUCACUCCUUAGCUGCACCCAGCACUAAGCUCUCAAGAUACUCUUCUCCAGCCAAAUAUCCCCCAAUGACCGAGAGAAUGCGCCUGCGACAAAGAAACCAUCCUCAAUACAUCAAACAGAUCGCCACAGAUAUUAUGAGGUAUGCACAGUCGGUGGUCGAUCCCAAGGUCAUUGUCAAAUUAACAGUAGAAAUUGCAGAAGGAAGAACUAAGGAAGUUCUCAAGGAUAUGUAUCGCUUGUAUGAGCCAAAUAUUGUUUCAACAGGCUCAAAAAUCAAUUCUAGAAACAGCGCGCCCUUGAAGUCUUGGAACUCCUCGCGUCUUAGUGACAGACUUGUCAAAAACUUCCCCUUACCAGUCGUUGUCGUGCCUGCCCUGAACAUGUCAUUUUAUGAGAAAUGGUUGGCAGCGAAGAUACUGGGUUCCACCUCUAUGAGCCAAACUUCAACCUCACAACUAUCCAUGAACAGCAUCUAUACAAGCGAGUCAUCUCCUCCUCCCAUGAUGAUGCCCAUAACCGAUUCUGCUCGCAAUAUGAAUACCGCAUUAUUCUCCAGUGAUGAAGAGUCAUUUUCGGAUGAUUCUGUGAACAGUGACAUAAGUGCCAAUAGCGAGUCGUCCCUAGAGUCUGCAUCAUCAUUCCAUGAAAUUGCUGAUUUGUAUGAUGAUUAUCAGGACGAGGUUCAUAGAAAGCUAAAGACGCUUGCAGCGGCCGAGGUCAAUGAGCACUACUUUUCCAACUUCAUAAAAACAAUCUCAGAUCUGUCCUUGAGAUUCUGCGAGGAUCUACGGUCAGUCAACCCUGACUUCAAAGGACAAGGUGCAAAGCUCGCGCGUAUUAUUACGGGUUCCAACAAUUUUGGUGCCAUUCCCUACAAAACGAAAUCAUUGAUUCCUCCGAUUGAGCCUCAAAAGACUACUAGCAAUUCGAGUCCAGGAAUUUCUAUUGCAGAGUUAAAGAGAAGUCUCAAAUUGAAUGCUGAGAAAGCUCGUCAGAAUCAAGAACCAAUUGGAGGAAGUACACCCCAGAUUGUCAUUUCUGAUGAAAGCGUUGCGCCUCCACAAAACAGAUCAUUGAAAUUUCAAGAAGGGGAGCGCAGCUCAAAACUAGCUAUUACGCGCCCACUCAAGAAGUUUCUUUCCAACGAAGACUCUUAUGAGACUAAGGUUAAACUUGAGCCCAGUAAGUCACACCCUGAUAUAAGGACUCUCAAUAACGGAGAUUCAGAGAAGGAUGCCAGCAAAAAGAAGAAGAAAAAGAAGAAGUUCUGGAAGCUCUUCUGA